CUCGCGGGACGGUUCCGCCCUUCGUCCUCUCCCCUAGGCUUCUCUUCGGACCGUUAACCUCGAAUGAGGAACGAGCAGGGAGGAAAGGGAGGGGCUGCGGCGGCGGGGGCACAGCCCGCCGGGCCCGGGGCCGGGGGCGGCGAGGUCACGUAACUGCUGCUCUGGUGUCUGGCCGGGGAGGGGGUUCCCUCCCUGGCGGUCCGAGCCCUCCAGCGCACGCUGCGGCUCGGAAACAGUUACUGGCUCGUAAACAACAGCUGCGCGCGCACCCGCAUCAGCUGGCGCCGGGAUCCCGCACCUGAGACCUCUUCCUCCUACCCUCAUCCUCGCCGCUCUCUCCUUCUCAGCCAGGGCCAGCCUGCGAGGCCUUUCUCCUCUUCUGUUAAGACCCGAAGGAAGAAGAGCGAGGGGCUGACCUUGCGCCGGAGCCCUGGUAGGGGAGAAAGCGUCUCCGGCAAAGGGGUGGCCCGUCCUGUCACACGGAGGCGAAACCCCUCGAGCCGGUCGGGGGUUGGAUGGACUAGCAGCAACCUGCCACGACCCUGAGUGAAGUGCCGCUAGCCGCCUCCUCCCAGAUCCCAGGGAUCUUUCUGCCAGAAGAGCGGGCGGGCCACCCCCGCAGACUUUUCGGAGGCAGGAAUCAGGUCUGCCCCUGCAGCCUCCUCUGCUCACCCGUCUCUCCUCAUUCUCCUCUAUCCACAGUGUGCGGUAUUUUUCCCGUUAUGCAUGCGCACCUCUCUCACCAGACCCAAGUGGAUUAUCGGCCUCAGAAACAUCGGGUGGCUCUACACACACCUCCUCCUAGCCAGACCUGUGGGGUAUUCACCUGAUACACAACAGGUGGCCGGGUGGACACCAUUUCGAAAUUUGAUCUAUGCUAUAUUCGCCUGAUAAGGGUGGGCUUGUGCACACUUUGCUCAACUAGCCGUGGAACAUUUACAAAUAAAGGACUAUCUACGUCGGCGGAAACCUUAGGGACGGGAGUAGAAAGGCUUCAUCACCUGCUUCACUGGGACCAUAGCACUGAGCCCGCAUCUCCAGACCAGAGGAGAAAACUAGAUAUCUCUUCAUUCUGAAGGAACGAAGUUACCCGAGAUUGGCAUUGUUUUGUCCUUUUUUAUUUCCUUAAAUAUUUUUCAGCUGCUGAUAGUGGACUUUCUGUAAUAGUCGGCUUGAAUUCUGAGACUAAGAAUUCUUAUUUGGGGCUUUUCGUGUGUUGUAAAUCAAGGUAAUUGAGGGUUUUUUUUUUUUUUUUUAAGUUGUCUUUUCUACUUUUGCAGUCCAAAGUAGUCAGCGUUUAAGAGGAAGAGUUUUGUGGGAUUUUUCUUUUUUCUUUGUCCUUAUAAAGGAAAAGAAAAAGCAAAAUGCAUCCUCCAGAAACCACCACCAAGAUGGCUUCAGUUCGGUUCAUGGUGACACCAACAAAGAUUGAUGACAUUCCAGGUUUGUCAGACACCAGUCCGGACCUCAGCUCUCGAUCCAGUUCCCGAGUACGAUUUAGCUCCCGGGAAAGUGUGCCUGAAACAAGCCGAAGUGAGCCUAUGAGUGAGAUGUCUGGAGCCACCACUUCACUGGCAACUGUUGCCCUGGACCCAGCCAGUGACAGGACUUCCAACCCCCCGGAUGCUACUGAGGACCCGAGUCAGAACUCCAUCACAGGGGAACACAGCCAGCUGUUAGAUGAUGGGCAUAAGAAAGCUCGAAAUGCUUAUCUUAACAAUUCCAAUUAUGAAGAAGGAGAUGAAUAUUUUGAUAAAAAUUUGGCACUCUUUGAGGAAGAAAUGGACACCAGGCCAAAAGUGUCUUCUCUCCUCAACCGGUUGGCCAAUUACACUAACCUGACACAAGGAGCAAAAGAACAUGAAGAGGCAGAGAACAUCACUGAAGGGAAAAAGAAGGCCACCAAGACCCCCCAAAUGGGUACCUUCAUGGGUGUCUACCUCCCAUGUCUACAGAAUAUUUUUGGAGUGAUCCUGUUUCUACGCCUUACAUGGGUGGUGGGCACAGCUGGAGUUCUGCAGGCCUUUGCAAUUGUCCUUAUCUGCUGCUGCUGUACAAUGUUGACUGCUAUCUCCAUGAGUGCCAUUGCCACUAAUGGAGUGGUGCCAGCUGGGGGCUCAUACUUUAUGAUAUCCCGAGCACUGGGCCCAGAGUUUGGUGGGGCUGUUGGCCUCUGCUUUUAUCUUGGUACCACGUUUGCAGCAGCCAUGUACAUCCUUGGUGCCAUUGAAAUUUUUCUGGUAUAUAUUGUCCCCCGAGCUGCCAUCUUUCAUAGUGACGAUGCACUCAAGGAGUCAGCAGCCAUGCUAAAUAACAUGCGGGUCUAUGGCACAGCCUUCUUGAUCCUCAUGGUGUUGGUGGUAUUCAUCGGUGUGCGCUACGUCAACAAGUUUGCCUCACUCUUUCUGGCCUGUGUCAUUGUGUCCAUCCUGGCCAUCUAUGCUGGAGCCAUCAAGUCUUCCUUUGCCCCUCCACACUUCCCGGUCUGCAUGCUGGGUAACCGCACUCUUUCAUCAAGACACAUUGAUGUUUGCUCGAAGACUAAGGAAAUUAACAACAUGACAGUACCAUCAAAGCUAUGGGGCUUCUUCUGUAACUCAAGUCACUUUUUCAAUGCCACCUGUGAUGAAUACUUUAUUCAUAAUAAUGUUACUUCAAUCCAGGGCAUCCCUGGAUUGGCUAGUGGUGUCAUUACAGAGAAUCUUUGGAGUAAUUAUCUACCAAAAGGAGAGAUCAUUGAAAAGCCCUCAGCCAAAUCUUCUGAUGUCUUAGGCAGCUUAAACCAUGAGUAUGUCCUUGUGGACAUUACCACCUCUUUCACUCUUCUGGUGGGGAUCUUCUUUCCCUCUGUCACAGGUAUCAUGGCUGGAUCAAACAGAUCUGGAGACCUGAAAGAUGCUCAGAAGUCUAUUCCCAUUGGCACUAUCCUUGCCAUCCUGACCACCUCUUUUGUCUAUUUAAGCAAUGUUGUCCUUUUUGGUGCAUGCAUUGAAGGUGUUGUUCUCAGAGACAAGUUUGGGGAUGCUGUGAAAGGCAAUCUGGUGGUGGGUACCUUAUCUUGGCCAUCCCCGUGGGUGAUUGUUAUCGGCUCUUUCUUCUCCACGUGUGGGGCUGGACUUCAGAGUCUCACAGGUGCACCAAGGCUGCUACAGGCUAUAGCCAAGGAUAACAUCAUACCCUUUCUGAGGGUUUUUGGUCACAGCAAAGCCAACGGGGAACCUACCUGGGCUUUACUUCUAACUGCUGCCAUUGCAGAGCUGGGGAUUCUUAUUGCCUCCCUGGAUCUUGUGGCCCCGAUUCUUUCCAUGUUUUUUCUCAUGUGUUACCUCUUUGUAAACUUGGCGUGUGCCUUGCAAACAUUACUUCGAACACCCAACUGGAGGCCCCGGUUCCGCUACUAUCACUGGGCCCUGUCUUUCAUGGGAAUGAGUAUCUGCCUGGCUCUGAUGUUCAUUUCUUCCUGGUACUAUGCCAUUGUAGCCAUGGUAAUAGCUGGUAUGAUCUACAAGUACAUUGAGUACCAAGGAGCUGAGAAAGAAUGGGGUGAUGGAAUCCGUGGGCUGUCCCUCAGUGCAGCCCGGUUUGCUUUGCUUCGGCUGGAGGAAGGACCUCCACAUACUAAAAACUGGAGGCCUCAGUUGCUUGUAUUGCUGAAACUAGAUGAAGACCUCCACGUCAAGCAUCCUCGCCUCCUCACCUUUGCUUCACAGCUUAAGGCUGGAAAGGGCCUCACUAUUGUGGGCUCCGUCAUUGUGGGGAACUUCCUAGAGAACUAUGGUGAAGCUUUAGCUGCUGAGCAGACCAUAAAGCAUCUAAUGGAGGCAGAGAAGGUGAAAGGAUUCAGCCAGCUGGUGGUGGCUGCCAAGCUGAGAGAGGGCAUCUCCCACCUCAUCCAGUCCUGUGGCCUGGGGGGCAUGAAGCACAAUACAGUGGUCAUGGGAUGGCCAAAUGGCUGGCGCCAGAGUGAAGAUGCUCGAGCUUGGAAGACUUUCAUUGGCACAGUGCGAGUGACAACUGCUGCCCAUCUGGCCCUGCUGGUGGCGAAAAACAUCUCCUUUUUUCCCAGCAACGUGGAGCAGUUCUCUGAGGGCAACAUUGACGUGUGGUGGAUUGUUCAUGAUGGGGGGAUGCUCAUGCUAUUACCGUUCCUACUGAAGCAGCACAAGGUGUGGCGAAAAUGCAGCAUACGGAUCUUCACAGUAGCCCAACUAGAAGACAACAGUAUUCAGAUGAAGAAGGACCUGGCCACCUUCCUCUAUCACCUUCGCAUUGAGGCAGAGGUGGAAGUGGUAGAGAUGCAUGACAGUGACAUAUCAGCUUAUACUUAUGAGCGCACCUUGAUGAUGGAGCAGAGGUCCCAGAUGCUCCGGCACAUGCGACUGUCCAAGACAGAGCGGGAUAGAGAGGCACAGCUGGUGAAAGAUCGGAACUCGAUGCUACGAUUAACCAGCAUUGGCUCUGAUGAGGACGAUGAGACAGAAACCUAUCAGGAGAAGGUGCACAUGACUUGGACGAAAGACAAGUACAUGGCAUCCCGGGGGCAGAAGGCCAAGUCAAUGGAAGGAUUCCAGGACCUGCUUAACAUGCGUCCAGACCAGUCCAACGUGAGGCGGAUGCAUACAGCUGUGAAGCUCAAUGAGGUUAUAGUUAACAAGUCUCACGAAGCAAAGCUGGUGUUGUUGAAUAUGCCCGGGCCACCCCGAAACCCUGAGGGUGAUGAAAACUACAUGGAGUUCCUAGAAGUGCUCACCGAGGGACUAGAGCGAGUCCUUCUUGUCCGAGGUGGUGGCAGUGAAGUGAUCACCAUUUAUUCAUAACCUACUCCUGAAUGACUCUGCUUGGCCUCACCUUUCCAGAAAGGCUUCCAUCCUCCACGGAAGUGCCAGCUCUUUCCUGCCAGUCCCAUCAACUAGAGACCUAUGUUCUGUAUACAUCAUGCUGAACUCUUAAUGAGCUGAGCCUGAAGUACUUGUGCAGAAAAGUACUAGAUCUACUCUUUGCUACCAUGACCUGCUGUCCUUAAAGCAGAUAUUCCCUCAACAUCAGAGCAAUGCUCAGUUCCUAAAAGCCAUUCCUGUACCAGUUGAAGGCAAGUUAGAGUUAGCCUACUAACCCAGUAAAGUGAAUUGGCAAAUGGGAUGCUAGAAACUUAACUGAAGACAAAGGCAAGUACACAUCUAACAUUAAAGAUGAAUCUCAGAAGUCAAGAUUCAGUGAUAAUACCAUGGGGUUAAGACAGAGACACAGCCUCGUAUUUUAAAGAAUUCUUGGCCAAAUACAUGGAGACCUAACAUCUUGAGAUAACGAUGGCGAGCCAAGAUGAAAAAUUUCAUUAGUGCAUCCAUGGAUCUUCAGGACUCUAAUUUUGUAUUAGGGUACUAAUAUAGAAAAACUGAAACAUGAAACUGCAGCCUCUACUUCCUCCAAAACAAGAUUACCCCCAAAAUAUGUUUAUGUACUUAUACUGUGUUGUGUAUUUCAGCUAUUUGUUUCUCAGAAUCCAUUCUGUGGUUACGAUUGUAGUGCAGGCACUGUUACCAAGGAAAUUGUUUUUUAAAAGGUGGAGUAAAAAUUAUUUCUUUAAGGUUCUUUUUAAAUGGCCAAACUAAGGGAGCUCCAAAAGAUAGCUAUCAAGAUUUACAUAAAAUACAAUCUGUGGUUACCUUUUGACAUGGGUAGAAUAUACAGGCUUAACAGAAAUAUAGAAGAAAUAUAGAUGAUGAUGCAUAUUGACCAAUAGAUUCUCCUUUCCUUCUCCCUUUUAUGCCCUCUGGGUUACAGGCACAAAUCAAAAUCACAGGAACAAACACUAGGAAGACUGGCUAAAAUCCUUCCCUGAAACCUUUGAACUAUCCUUCAAAGGGGGAAUCCAGUGGUGGAAUUCAGAGUUUAGAGCCAUACACCUUCCUUAGUGCCAAAGUACUGGGCUGCUGCUACUCUUCCUACCUACUUCACUAAAGUGGCAUACAGUAGGCAUUGGCCUAAUUCAAGAAAUUUUUUUCAUUAAGAAACCUGUGGAUUCAUUCCCAAGCCAUAGUGAAGACUUGAGGCAUGGACCUCAGUGCUUAAAAUAUGACCAUUUUUUUCCUUUCAAUUUUAUUUGACUGCAGAAGUUUGGAUCUUAAGAGAUUUUCCAAGCCAGCAGUCUUAUACUAUGUUUUGUUUUCAGAAAGCUCUCAAUGUGUCAAGGAAAUGCUUGUGCAAGCUUAGCUUUUUAUUUGGUAACUUAAUGAUCACAAAACACCUGGCAUUCAAGCAUAGGGAAACUAUCCUGUGUGACUGAAUGGUAGUUUCAUAUAUGUGAAAUUUUCAUUUCACAGGAUAGGAUAUUUAGAGAAACUCUUACCUAUCUAUCUUCAAGACUGCUUUUGUAUUUCAUUUUAUUAGUGAUAAAUAGUGCUGUUCUUUGAUUACCAACAGGAUAUGGAGCAAGCUGUCCUGCUUCAUAGCCUACAGACUAUUCAUCUGAUCCUUAUGGACAGAAGAGAAGAACCCUUCCACAUGGCUUAAGAAAUUGAGUCAUUUUGAUUUUACUCCCUUUGCUCUUCUUUCAACAUCCAGGCCCAGUCAGGUAGCAAAACAGUCAAGAUCUUCUAAGUUUUUUUUCUGCUGCUUCCUGCAGAGGGUAGAAGCAUUGUUUACAACUCACUGCAACACUCCAUUGCUUAGUUUGAGUCCCACAGUAGUGGAACAGUUCCCCCAGAGCCCAUGCUAUUGAAGACCCCCAUGCUGUAAAGGUCAGCCUACCCAGGAAUUAAUUUACUUUUACACACACCCUCUGGCCAAAGCAAGAUAGAUAGAUAUAGAUAUGUAUUUUUUUCCCAUAUAGAAAAAAACGGGCAGAAAAUAAGCUUAGUUUUAGAAGAGCUUUUUGUGGCUGAAGCUCUUUAAGAAUCCUUUAAAGGGAUAAGGGAAUUAGUGGCUACUAAUAUAGCCCCUACUUCAGCCCCUAAAACACAAUCACUGUUACAUGGGGAAGUGGUUAUUAGGCCAGAUAUAUACUCAUCUCUGUCUAGGGCAUUUCAUGUCUAUGUGUUGCUUAUGUUGUUUGUCUGCAGAAUGUCUUGUCUCUUGUAAUCACUGCAAGUAAAGCAAUACCGAAAACGUGAUGAGAAUGCACCUUAGGGGAAGGGGCUUUUGUUUCAAGAAGGAAGAGAAAGACCUCCUCCUGCCUUUUGAAUGAGAUCCAGCUUUUGAGUCUUAGCUAUGACUUUACCAGGGCAGGUUAUGACAAUAUUCAUUCUCCAGCUGCUGGCCCUCUGCCUUUUAUAGCUGUCUUAAAAGCUUAAGUUUGAAUUGCAGCAUCUGUUUGACAGGUGCCAGGUUCCUCUUGGCAGGGGAAAGAUCACUAUUUUAUAUCUUCCAUUGCCUCAGAAUCUUGUGACCCCAAUGAUUCCGCCAAUCCUCAUUCCCCCAAAUGUGUUAAAAAUCCAUUUUUGUGCAUAUUAAAGUAGCAAUUACACGGUAA